CAGUGUGUAGUACAAACUCAGAAAAUGUUCAUCUCAAAUGGAUCUAAUUAUCAAGACUUAAUUCGAAUCUUAUCAACCCUCCAAUUGGCGGUAAAAAUAAAAAAUUUGAAUAGCGUGCGCACGGCGAAUUGUUUGAGCUUAUGGUGCCAUUUGUACAGCAUCAGAAGGAUGCAAAACCCUCAGCGAUCUCGGUCCAGAAAUCAUCGAGGGCCGCAUGUGCACGCGAGAAUCCUGGAAGAAGAUGCAACGCGCAUGUUCAGAUUUAUUUUGGUCUAGUCAGCUGGUGGCAUCCGCCGCGGAACGAUACAGUUACCGUUUCUCGCGAUUUUCGAUAUGCGACUACCGGUGGAGACACGUCCGAAAUGGCUGAGAGAUUCCGUAUGAAGCAGAGCCAUGUAAAACACAAAGGGAUUCGACUGUAAAUGGUGAUCAAGAACCGUCUAAUUAUCAAACAAAGAAAAAUCAUGACGUCCUCGGCAUCGUCCAGCACGAGUUCUGCGUAUGCAAGUACCGACGACAUCCGUCAGUAUUAUGAUAAUGACAAACGUAAUUUCCUCGACUCGGACGAAAUCGGGACGGCUCGGCUUUUGCGAUCGUACUCGCCCGGGCACAACAGAGUGGCCGGAUUCUUCACAAGACACUUUGUCAACAAGUUUUACCUCACCACGAAAAACGUUAUAAUAGCCGGCGUAAUACUAGCAGCAGUGAUUCUAGCGAUAAUAGCGGUUUGUAGUAUUUAUGGGGCGGACAGAGAUCUGGAAUUCCAUGAGAACGAAGAAGUGCCGCCGGAUCCGGAAACGGCGUUGCCUCCAUCUGCGAGCAAGUUAAGAACUUUCAAACGUGGCGCCGUUUGCGCGGAUGGGGCGCCAUGCGCAGUAGUGGGCAAAUCGAUUUUAGAGAAGAACGGUUCGGCAGUGGACGCUGCGAUAGCCUCCAUGAUUUGCAACGGCCUGGUGAAUAUGCAAAGCAUGGGUUUAGGUGGUGGCUUCUUCAUGACGAUCUACGAUAGAGCAACACAGCGUGCAUUCACGUUGGUGGCGAGAGACAAGGCGCCAUUGGCAGCCAAUGAAACGAUGUACGAAGGGAAACCAAAGGAGGCAGCGUUCAUUGGACCAUUGUCUAUCGGUGUUCCCGGUGAAGUAGCCGGCUAUUGGGAGGCCCACAAACGUUUCGGUAAACUUCCAUGGGCAGAUCUAUUCCAACCCUCGAUCGAACUGUGCGAGGAGGGAUACAAUCUGACAAAAAUCCAACACGACGGAUUUCAGUUCAACGCGAAGAAUAUUUAUAACGAUCCGGUCUUAAAGAAAUGGUUCGUGGAUCCGGACACCAAUGAUUUCUACAGACCAGGGACGAUCAUCAGGCCGAAGGCAGUUUGCAAGACUUUGCGGACCCUCGCGGAAAAUAAAGCACCAGUAUUUUAUAAUGGCAGCUUGGGAAAGCUUUUGAUAGACGACUUAAAGUCGAAAGGGGCGAUUUUAACGAUGAAGGACUUGAACGAGUACAGAGCUGUCUGGGAGGAACCACUGACAGCGAACCUGUUCAAUGGGAUGAAAUUGUACACGGUUGGCAUGCCUGCCAGCGGAGCUCUUCUCACGUAUAUUUUAAACAUUUUAGACAACUUCCAUUUCACUCCUGACAGUAUAGCUGACUCGAACCGCACGAUUCUUACAUAUCACCGUAUGAUAGAAACAUUUAAGUACGCUUACGCGUUGAGAAACGAGAUGGCCGAUAAGAAGUUCGUUGACAUGGAAGAACUGACCAGGAAUUUAACGUCGAGAAGCUACGCGCAUUUAACGCAAAUGAAGAUAGAUGAUCAUAGAACGUGGGACGAUCCAAGACAUUAUGGAUCCUUGACAAUGAGCACCGCGAAGGAUCAAGGAACUGCGCAUGUUUCCGUAAUAGCACCGAACGGCGAUGCUGUAGCUGCCACUAGCACCAUCAAUUUCUAUUUUGGGAGCGGGGUGGUCAGCGAGAGUACUGGAAUAAUCAUGAACAAUGUGAUGAAUGAUUUCGGCAUACCCUCUACAAUUAGCUACUACAGUAUUCCGCCAAGUCCCAACAAUUAUAUCAAGCCAGAAAAGAGGCCCCUAUCGUCGAUGGUGCCGUCGAUUCUCGUCGAUUCGAAUGGCGAUGUGAAAAUGGUUGUUGGGGCUUCUGGAGGCACUAAGAUCACUACAACGGUUGCACAGAUAAUAGCCAAGAUCAUGUGGAUGGGUCAAACAGUAAAACAAGCCAUGGACGCACCGAGGAUACAUCAUCAGCUCUAUCCACCAGAGAUCUCCUACGAAUACGGAGUGCAAAAGCAAGUGAUUGACGGUCUGAAAAAAAUCGGACACAAAACCUCAAGAUACCGAGUCCGUGGGAGCGUUGCGUGUGUUAUUUUUGUAAAUAAUGACACCGUUUACGCGAACGCAGACUUCCGGAAAGGCGGGGACGUGUACGGGAUCGACUAAAACUCGAAUGUUCUGACAAGAGUUCUAAUCGAAGCGUAUCUGCAACAAAGCAAACAAAUCUUUAAACUCUUCAAAUUUCUACAAAACAAUCAACAUAAAUGUACAUUCAAUGAAAUGUUAGUGAUUCAGUUAUAACUUAACUAUACCAAGCUAUAUAUAUACAAGAAAGACGGUUAUCGAACAGAUGAAAACAUCUAUGAUAAACUUAUCUUAUCCCAUUUACGAGGAGAGAUUUGCAUUUUUCAAACCGCGCGCGCUAUUAAUAGCGUCGAGAAAGUGGAUAACACUUUCCAGUUCGAUUUAUUAAAAAGGAGAUAGAUUUAAAAAUAGUGCUGUAUUGCGCACGUAGCUGUGCGCAAGGAAAAGAUACAAGAUGAAUAUUACAGAUGGCGUUCAGCGAAACAUCGCUUGAACCUGUUUAUCAACUUUGUAGCCGGUACACAUAAUACCGGUCCGCUUUGACAUUAAAAUGUUCAUUAAACAACGAGAUGAGAUCGGUUGAUGAAAUACAUACAAUUUCGGUUGGGCGUGUACCA